AUGUAUGUCGAUGAACCAUCUAACAUGCUUGACUUGAACGCUAUUGCCUGGCUAGAAGACUAUCUCGUCAAAGAGUGGGAAGGUACACUCCUGGUUGUAUCGCACGACCGUGCAUUUCUCAACCAGGUGUCAACCGACAUUGUCCAUAUGCACUCUGAACGCCUCGACUACUACAAAGGCAACUUUGACCAGUUCUACGAAACCCGCGACGAACGCCGCAGGAAUCAAUUACGUGAAUACGAAGCAAACAAGCAAAAGCGCGAACAUCUUCAGGCUUUCAUCGAUCGUUGGCGCUACAAUGCGGCUCGUGCUGCACAGGCACAGAGCCGUAUCAAAGAACUGGAACGCUUGCCUGUACUUGAAAUGCCUGAGAAGGAAUCAGGUGAACACUUCACCCUCCCCGAAACCGAUAAAAUUAGCCCGCCAUUGCUGCAACUGGAUAAUGUCACAUUUGGUUAUUCGGAGGAUAAGAUUCUGCUGCGUAACGUCAACUUUGAUGUGACACUUGACAGUCGCAUUGCUUUGAUCGGUAGCAACGGCGCCGGUAAGUCGACCUUGAUCAAGCUCUUAAUCAAUCAACUAUCCCCAUUGUCGGGUGAUGCCAAACGGAAUCCACGUUUGCGAAUCGGUUACUUUUCUCAGCACCACAUCGACCAACUUGAUCUCACUCAGAGUCCCGUUGCUUUCUUGGCAUCGCGGUUCCCCGGCCGUACGGAACAAGAGUAUCUUGCUGUUUCACUACUCUUUGCUUACUAUUUUAUUGCUGCUUCAUCUCGGUUCUCUAUGUCAGGAAGCGCUUUCUUCUUUCACCUUUCCCAUAUUACUGUCGUCUUUUCCUGCGUUAGAGCGCCUCUUUGUCUUCUUCUUUAG